AUGGAGGACACGAAACCGACACAGGCGCAGCUCGCACAGCCGAGACCAGUCGAGAAGCACAGGAGGCGUGGAGCGCUGACAGCAGACUUUGCCGCGAACGGAGAAGCACUCACGCUCGCCGAGGUGAGGCAGCUGCUGAGCAUCUCGAGGGACCAGGUGGGCGCUCCCCCCGCGCCGGAUAACAAAGUCUACAAAUCCACCAUCACCUACGUCGACGAGUUUGCCAACAUGGACGCCAGCCUGUGCGAGGGCAUGCGCGGCGCGCUGAUGGCGCGUCCAGGCUUCCUGAACAAUUUUGAGAUUGCCCAGAUCAUGCACCUGCGCCCGGAGCGCGUCGAGGUUGCUGUCGCGCUCAUCCCGAGUCUGGAGCGGUACGCACAGGGCGACGAGAGCGAGGAGUAUCUCGCGGGUUUGUUGGAGGAGGUGCGGACGAUUGCGCGGUAUGGAGCGGGUGUUUAG